GCUUUUAGAGAAAGCGCCAAUAGAAGACUAAAAAUAAGGUUAAUGGUUUUAGAUGAAAUUGAUGGAUUCACAGUUCACCUACUCCAAGUGGGUAAUCUAAGAAUCAGUUUAUAUGCAUCACAUGAGAGAGAGAAACUACACUGAACAGGACAACAGAAUGGUUUGUUUGAAAUGGAUGGAUUGGGUGGGUGGUGAAGAAGGAAGAUGAUCCCUUGCUGGGUUCAAGUUUCUCACUUUGGCUUCUCCCCCCAAAUGGGUUCCUCAGAUCGAUUGUUCAACCGGCAAAGAACUCUCCAUGAGAUCCUUGGUGGGGUCAAGGUUGCAGAUUUAAUACUGUGGAGACGGAAGAACCAAACGAUGGGGAUAUUGUUGGUGACACUAGCUGUUUGGAUUGUGUUUGAAAGAUCUGGUUAUACUCUUCUGUCCCUUGUUUCCAAUGUUUUCCUUCUCCUCAUUGUCAUUCUUUUCCUUUGGGCCAAGUCAGCUGCGAUUCUCAACAGACCUGCACCACCUCUACCACAGUUGCAUCUGUCAGAGGAAUUAGCAAACGAAGUGACAGAUUUUAUCCGCACAAGAGUUAAUGAUUUGUUAUCAGUUUCUCAAGAUAUUGCUCUUGGUAAAGACUCAAAGCUGUUCCUGAAAGUAGCUGCAUACCUCUGGCUAAUUUCUAUUAUUGGUGGCUUCACUGAUUUCCUUACCCUGGCAUAUACCAGUCUUUUUAUUGUUCUUACAGUACCAGCAAUCUAUGAAAGAUAUGAAGAAUACAUAGACAUGUAUAUUUUGAAGGGUUACAGAAAACUGUGCUUUUUACAUGUGAAAAUAAAGGAGAAGUAUGUUAGCAGAGUCCACAACUGGAUUCUGGAGAAGAAAAAGCUGAGCUGAGUUUGUUUUUCUCACAGGCAUUUGUUCAUUUCUUUUGUUACUCUUCUACAACAUUUCUUACAGGGUCACUGGUGAGAUUGUAAUUGUGAGUUUGAGGGACAAUAGUGAUCAUCUUCUACAACAUCUCUUCCUUUUGCAUUUUCCAUCUUCAAUGAUGGAUCUUUUUUUUGGUACAUAAUGAAGAACCUCUUGUUGGACUUGUUCAUGUAGUCCACUGAGUAUUUAGAUUUCUUCUUAGGAUAACAGAGAUAACAUAUAGGCGCUGCUAUGAAUUAUUCCUAAGAUAAAAUGUGUUUUUACCAAGUAUUUGUACAUGUAAUAUAGCUACAACUAUCAUUGCACUUA